UAUAAUAAUCUCUCUGUCCAUCAAAAAUACAAAUUAAGUGAGGUUAUGGAUAUACUCAACUGAGUGGUAUAUGAAUGAUUGAUCGUACAUUUGGCUUAUUUUCAGGACGUUUGAACUACAGCUACUAGCUAGGCCUACAGUUAUGAGUAACUACCCUCAGCAGUAUAGAGGAGGCCCGCCCCCUGGUGGUGUAUUUGGAGCCAAUGCCGCCAUGGCUCCAUACGGGAUGCCCCAACCUAAUUACGGAGGGGGAUGUUACGGAGGAGGCUUGUCCGCAUAUAAUAUGGGUCCAAAUUAUAGUGCUCAAAACAUGCAGUCCAUGCAGAUGGCAUAUGGUGGUGGCCAAAUGGCGCCACCCCAGCAGCUUGUGAUGCCGCCAUCAGCCCAUGCCGCUGUGAUGAACGCCCAGAUGAAUACCAUGUCCCAGCAGAUGGUUCAGUGGGAAAUGUACAAAAAGAUGGGACUCAUCUCAGAAUCUGAAUCAGAAGAUGAUGAAGAUGAUUACAGGAGGAAGAAAGGACGCAAGGGUAAGAAAGGGCGUCGAGGCAAGAAGGGGCGUCGCCGUAGGUUUCAGGAGGAAGAGGAAGAAGAAGAAGAAGAGGAAGAAGAUGACUACGACCCAAAAGAAGAAGCAAGGCUUGCUAAGGAAAAGGCUGACAAACUUGCAGCGAAGUUGGAAGAAAAUGAAGGAAUAAAGGAGAAAGUGAAACAAGCUUUCAUUGAUGAGAUGAUGAGACGCCAAGAUGUGAGUGGCACGUUCGACAUCACCCAAGGAACGAUAGAAGAGUACAAGAAGUAUACCGCUGACGAUCCGGUGGUGACUUUCUAUGCAAAGGAGAGACAAACUGAGUUGGUUUCACAGCCGUGGGACGCAGAGGCUGAUUGUGAAUACCUCAGAAAAGCAAUGAAGGGGCUUGGAACCAAUGAGGCGGCCAUCAUUCACGUGGUCACCACCCGCAACAAUACUCAACGACAGGAGCUGAAGAAAAAGUUCAAGACUAUGUAUGGCAGGGAUCUGAUUGAUGAUAUUCACAGUGAGCUGAGCGGCGACUUCAGGGAAUCUGUUAUGGGAAUGUUUGUGAAGCCAGCUGUUUACGAUGCCUGGUCCGUAAAGGAAGCAAUCUAUGGCUUGGGGACUGACGAGGAGUCGCUCAUUGAGAUUCUCAUGACGAGAACCAAUGCUCAGCUGAAGGAAAUGAGGAACGUUUACGCUGACGUUGCUAGUCCAAAUAGGAAGAAAGCUGACACACUUCUUGACAAGGACAUUGUUGAUGACACCAGCGGUGACUUCAAGAGGCUUCUUGUGGCAGCUGCUCAGGGUAACCGUGACAUCAUCUCAAGGGAGGCUCUUGAAGCAGCUGUGGAGGAACUUGUAAUGAAUGAUGUGCACACAGGCAUGUGGCAGGUGAACUAUGCGAAGCUUGUCAACAAGGCAAAGGUGAAGCGUGAUGCUAAACGCCUGUUUGAUGCUGGAGAGAAGAGGCUCGGCACAGAUGAACAAGAGUUCAACCUUAUCUUCUCCGUGCGAGACUACUAUACUCUCAGAGCCAUCUACCAGGAUUAUGUGUCACUCUCCCAGCGUGACAUCAUCAACUCAGUUGAUCGCGAAACUUCUGGUGACUAUAAAUCUGCCCUGAGAGCUAUUGUGAUGAACAUCAAGAACCGUCCGAUGUUCUUUGCUGAACGCCUGAAGAAGGCUAUGAAGGGUCUUGGCACUGAUGAGAAGACACUCAUCAGAAUUAUUGUCUCACGUUCGGAGAUCGAUUUGGUCCAGAUCAAGCAGUGCUUCCUGGAGUUGACCAAACAGACCUUGUGGAACUGGAUCAAGGAUGACACCAGUGGCGACUUCAAGAGGAUCUUGUUGCAGAUUGUUGGACGGGACUAAACUUGAUAAUGAGCUCGGUGCAGACUCGCAAGGAAGUUGUUUUACCUUCUAUCUAGGAUAGAUUAUCAUGUCCAUGCUGUAAUUCAUGUUCUGUUCCAUUACCCCCGUGCAAUUGUUGAUUGGUAAAGUCUUGACUUGGCUUAGACAUAAAUGUUGUCUGAUUAUGUACAUGUAGCCUACAUAAUCGAGUUAUAAAUUUAUUCUACAACUCUGGUAACGAAGUAAAAUCGAAACCCAAGAUAGCUGAUGUAUUGCACAGCUUAGAUUGCCGUCCAGUUUAAAUCAGGUUUAAAGGAACAAAUUCUGUCGGCGUAUCUGUAUAUUAUUCUUGGUAUUUUACAUUUGUCCAUAUGUUCUUUAUGUUAUAUCUAUUUUACCAGAUAUGCAUGCGUGUACGUAUAUUUAUAUGCAACUUUUUAUCCGUCCUUUUUGUUGAAGACUGUACAAACACUCUUGUUAUGGCUAUUGUUGUGAUACUAUCUGUUUCAUGUAUACUGAGCUUGAAUCGAAGUGAAUGAAUGGGUGAUAUGAAUAAAGACUAGCAAAUGCUUUUACUCCGGUUUUGUACAGGAAGGCCUAGUGUAAAUGUACAUGGAGAUUUAGAUAAAAGCAUUUGCUAGUCUUUAUUCAUGUCAAUUAAAACAUUUUGCUGUCAUCGUAAUUGAUAUACUCUAUAGUAUACAAGAGACGUUCGUAAGUUCAAUCUACUCCUGACUGUACCCCUUUACUGUUCAUUCAAACUUCAGGAAUAAAAUUCAAAGCUUUGGAAAAAGAA